GACGGGGGGGCUUGCCAGGGCAGGGCGUUGAGCUCAUUUGGCAGAGUUUGGGGUCUAGCUGAACCGGCAGUGAGCGGCAGUGCCUGACUCACCCAUCACAUCGAAAUUUACACCAUUCCCUCGCUUGGUGCUUGGGGUGCCAAACUCCCCCCAUCGAGUGCUGUGCGUUGCAAAGGAUUGCCUCUUUCAAGGCAGUUAGGAACAACAAAAAGCCCUCCGCUCCCCGCUCGUGUGGUUGCGGAAACUUUGUCGCUGCCGAGCUGCACAGCGUCCCAACGGCACACGCGCUAUAUUUUCCUCCACAACGGCAUCUUCGGUUUAUGACAUGGACGCUUUUCCCAGUUGGAGGUCAGCUUCAACGGCUCGGAUCAACAGCGACAAAAUGUGGUAUCCAUGCUCCAACGACACAGUGCCAUCACCGUCUGGCCGACACGGCAACGGCAGCGGUAGCGGCAGCAGCCCCAUCCAUCCAACACAUCGCUUCGGAUCCGAGGCACCCGAGUGGCUCACGACGACGGGCGCCUCACCCGAGAGCCUGUAUCUUUAUCAGGGCUCUCCUGCACCUCCAGAACCACGGUCACGUUGCUAUCGCCGUCACAGCUCGGCCGUGCCCGCCUUGGUCAUGCAAGCUGCCAGUUCCGAACGCCGCUGUAAGCCGAGAAGUGCUAGCACGGAUGCUGUACCCAGUCUCGACGCGCCUGGUCCCCAUCACCCACCGCUGGUACGCUGCAAGAAACUUGAAGACCAACAAGAGUCUCAACUUCCUAUCCACGUUGGCGAUGUCCUGCAGGAGCGAUACAAAAUUCUCAGCGUGCUGGACAGGGGAGCGAGCAGCACCGUGUUCAAGGCGCGAGAUCUUCGUUACAAAACUCGAGUAGCCAUCAAGGUUGUGUCGCGCCCAACAUUUUCUUCCGAUCCUUUGUAUGAGGGACGCAUCAUGCGAGCGUUGGUGGGAGCUCGAGCCGUCGCACAGCUCCGAGAUAGCUUUGUUUACAAGGAUUUCGGUUGCCUGGUCUUGGCCUACAUGAACGGCGGUUGCCUGCUGGACUACAUUUGCCCACAGAGUCAAAAUCAUCCAGGCCCCUUUGCGCUGCGCCGAUGGCUUCGUCAGCUGGCCUCGGCAGAUGUCUGGGCAAUGGGACUCGUUUGGUAUGGAUGCCUGACCCACGACCUGCCCUGGACCUCAGCCAACCUCCAAGAUCCUGCUUACACUCGAUAUCUCGAGCUGGGUCGGCUGGAAGGCCUCGAGAACAACGGCGGUGAACCCCUCAACGCGGCGCUGGUUGACCUUUUGCAUCGUAUGCUGGACCCAGCCCCGCACCACCGUGCAGACAUUUCAGAGGUCACGGCCUUUCUCGAUGCAAGCGAGCCUUGGUUUGAAGUUCCCAUCACUGAUUUAGAUGCCUUGGUCACCCUGCGGAUUAGCCUCAGCUGUGAGUCUCCCUUGGUGGACGACAGCGAGGGGCAGGAUUUGGAUUUGGCCACUGGUGCACGUGAUUAUCACGCCCCCGUCAUGGGCCAGCUCAGACACACCUUGUCCGACUACGACACGACCGACUAUUUUAGCUCCAUCGAAUCUGUGUAGUCGCAUUGUUGCUCGUGCCAGCGUGCGUUGGUUCGAGUGGGUGACGUGUGCUGGCCGAACUCUCCUCCUCUCGUUUGCUUGUCGCCUUAUCCCUGCCCCAUGCACCAUGUUCGUGUGCAUAAUAUGCUUCUUCACUUUUAAUGUUCCAAAUGUUGUUCGGGAUGGCUUUGUGCACACGCAAAGUGUUUGCUUUCUCGUCUUAGGCCUGCUAGGUUCCCGCUUGUGCUUUAAAGCCCCUUUUAGUUUCAU